CGGCCACGCUCGCAGUUGAAUUCAUAUACCAAAUAUAAUUGAUCGAUCAAUGGAUCCCAUGGAAGACAAAAUCGAAUUUUCUCAGGCCGACUUCGACGGAUUUCCUAGGAGGCUCCCUGAGAACUGCGUUGAGUAUGUUUUGUUUAUUAUCGAUGAAAAACUCGAAGGACGCAGCCAGUUUCUGGAACUUGAAAAUAUCCGCAAAACAGCUUUACAAUUGUGUGACAAUAUUGCCGGGGGGUACAUAUGGCAACGAGAUUCCUUCCAAUUACGCCUCGAAAGAGAUCAAGACCUGAUCUAUCUGAGUGGGAUAACCGACUAUGGAGACUCGGUAGAAGACGAAUGGCUUAUAGUCUACCUGCUUAGGGAGUUGACUAGAUCCUUCCCGUCUCUCUGGGCGAGAAUCUCUGAUAGCGAUGGCGAGUUCCUACUUGUCGAGGCAGCCAACGUCCUACCAAAAUGGUUAAGUCCAGAAAUAGAUAGCAAUCGAGCAUGGGUUCACCAUGGCAAAAUUUAUAUCCUCCCUCUUGCUGCUAGUUCCGGUAUAAAAAGAUCUCCAUCCUUGGCCGAAGCAGUCAAGUUCAUCAAGUCGAAUCCCGAUGCCUUGAUACAUUCUACUUUUGUAGAAGCAGAGGCUUUCUACAGGUUAGAGAAAUACCCCAAACGCAUCACACAUUCAAUACACUAUUCUCUAGUCACAAUACCCAGGAAACUAGCAUACAUCCUCCAUGAUAAACCUUCUACCAUAGCUCCUGCUAUCGAGGCAUUUUACCUUCGGGAUCCGAUAGCUAUGAAGCCCCUAACCUCCCUAGUUGAAGAUGUGCACUUCCCACCCAGAGACCUAGUGACUGUCAGCGUCAAAUUCACAAAGGUUCUUUUCGCGCAACUCAAAUCUCAGCGCUUCUUACCCCCUCCGAUAUGGAGUGACGUAUUCGAGGACGCAGAAAAGCAAGCAUCUAGUGCAGGAGAUGCUCAAAAAAGGUUGGCGCGUUUGGAAUUGGGUAUGAAGGUGACGAGCGGUUUCGAAAUGCUUGCUACCAACGCCGACGAGAAAGAUAAUCGUCUAGCGCGCGAGUUUGCCAUGCUCCUCGAGGAUCUAGAAGAAGACGGUGCCCAGGUGCUCCCAAACGACGAAGAUAUGGAGACUUGGGAGAAUGCACGCAGGGAAGAUGACGAGUCCUGGCUAGAUAUUAAUUUCGAGGAUUUUGAAGACGAAUUGCAGGGCAAUCGUGGCCCUAAAAACAGGUCUAAAAAUGGAUUUGGUGAUUCUUCUACGCAAGCAGACUUGCAAAAGAUUGUAUCCCGCUUUGAGGCCUUUCUCAAUGACGAGAAGGCUGGGAUAGAAGGUGCCGACAUGGACGAUAUGGACGACGACGACGAUCUUACAAACUACGAUGACGAAGACAGCGAUGAGGACAAAGAUGUUAGUUUCGACGAAGAGCAAUUUUCUAAGAUGAUGAGGGAAAUGAUGGGAAUGCCAGCAGAGCCAGCGACGGAUCUGAAACAUAAGCCAGGUACUUCGGAAUACACCACUACAAACACUACCGAAAAGGAAGAUGAGGAUGAGGAUAUUAGGCAGCUAGCGGUUCAGAUGGAAGCUGAGUUAAGGGAGCAUGGUGCUUUGAGGCUUGAUACCGGUUCUGAAAACGUGAAAGCUAUUGCAUCAGGAGAUAAAGCUAAAUCCAAGGGCAAAGCAAAGGAUGAAUUAGGGAGUAACGUUGGCACAGGGGAGGAAAGCAGUGAGGAGGAUGUGGAUGUUGACUAUAAUCUCGCCAAGAAUUUGCUGGAAAGCUUUAAGAGCCAAGCUGGAAUGGCAGGUCCGGCAGGGAACAUACUUGGUAUGAUGGGGCUACAGCUUCCACGUGACGAAGAUGAAGAAGAGGAAAGCUAAGUAAGGUAUAGUCAGGAUUUCUAUCAAAAUUCGAGUGAUUAUUGUUCGCAAGAUUAUAUAGAAAAGGGGUUUGAAAAGGAGGUAUCAAGCACACUAUGUACAUACAAACGUAUUCAAUGUUGUUUAUGUAUGUAUAUAUAUGCAUGUACCUUCUCCCUCUAAAAGUGCCCCACCAUACAUGUAUCCUACCUCCAGCGCUACUUCCAUAAGUACCUACUGUAGGUAAACGCGACUGUUAAGUGGAUCAA